AUGGACGACCACGCCGUUGGUUCCAUGCUCCCCGCUGCCAGUGCUGCUGCGGCGCUGGCCCAGCUCCACGGCCACAAAGUCGAACCCGAAUGGGAGGAAAUGCGGCCUGCUGUGGGACCUGCCCGACCAAGGAAGCAGUCCGUCACCAAGAGAGGCCGAGAGGCUCACCACAAGAAGCAAAAGUCUCGCGGUUCGGCAGCAGACUGGCUUCGGCGGAUCCAAAACGACGAACGGCUUAGACCAGGUAACAAUGACCGUAAGGCGUUAUCAGCUGAACCUUCUGCAGACUAUGGGAAGAGAUGGGAAGAUCUCAUCGAUGCCGCCGAUCAAGCUGCAUCCGCUGCCGGCGACAUCGAUGAGGACAGGACUCCAGGCUUCAUUGCCGCCAUUCCAGUACCAUGGAUUCCCAUCAGCGACAGCCGGGGGAAACUAUCAAGCCUCGCCACUACAGCAGGCCUUGACCCCGCCAUCCUACAGCCAGGACACAAUUGA